AUCUUCUGAAGCACUCGGUAAAAGAUAUCAUGGCAAACAAUUGUCGUCUGGGAGCACGACUUCGAGUUUUAGUAGCGAUAAUUGUUCUGAUUUGUGUGUGUCUAAAGCAAGUGAAAGGAUCCUGUCUAAGCUAUGGCCAUUCAUGUUGGGGAGCGCACGGCAAACGGGCAGGUCCGCCGGGACGUACAGCUUCUAGUGAUGCACCGGUCGCUGUACAGUUUCAACCGCAGCCACUGUUAGACCAAGCCAACCCACUCCCUGCUGCUUUAACCGGAGCGGAACGGUGGGCUUUGGUCAAAGUUCUCCCGGAAAAGAACGCGUACUAUCCAUUUAGCAAACUGAUAUAUUCACCGCCGCUUACGGCCACGGGCUCGGGCUCCUUUUUAGUAAACGAUGGCUAUGGCGCAUCUGGAUCAGAUUCCUCGAGGAUUGGUAUGGAGUCAACCAACAGUGUGGAAGGCCGACCGGCUGAAACCACCAAUGACUCCAAAACCCUUUCAUCCACAGAGCAGGAACUAGCAGUUGGCGAUGAUCGUCUCAUAAAGGCAGGUACCUUUCCCAACAUGCGGCGUAGAGAUCAUCGGCAUAAGAAAAAAACACAAUCUUCGCCUACGAAUCGUCGAUAUGAUGGACUGGACAACACCUUUGACGAGAAUUUGAACAUUGCUCGAUUUGUAGACCCAAACGAUGAUGAUUUGAGCCAGAUACUGCUUCUUAAUGCAGCAGCGGCCGCUAUGGCGACGAUACCCGAUAAUGACGCUUCCGUUUCAAAUGCACAGUACAAUCGAAAGCUGUUCAACGAUAACAAUAAACACUCGGUCCUGCUAAACGCAUAA